UCUUUAGUCACCACCGCCCUCGUCACGGCGUGAGACAGAAACGUCAUCACUCUGCGCCGCAGCCCGGCUGGAAUCAGCGUGUCGCCGUAAAUAAACCCGUCAGAAGCGGCUGAUGGUGUCUCCGGUAAAAUAUGUCGGUGUUUCAUGAUGAGGUGGAGAUUGAGGACUUUGAGUUUGACGAGGAGACGGAGGCCUACUACUUCCCUUGUCCCUGUGGAGACCGCUUCUGUAUAACCAAGGAGGACCUGGAGAACGGGGAGGAGGUGGCCACAUGUCCCAGCUGCUCGCUCAUCGUUAAAGUCAUCUAUGAUAAGGAACUUUUCAUGUCUGGAGAAACCAUUGAAGCUCCAUCAGAACCUAAACUGCAGCGAAUUCAGACCUGAACCAGAACCUGGACUCAACUCAAACCAGCGGACACGCUCUGAGUGGAAACCUCACCCUCCAUGUGUGCUGGUGGUGCGUUCAUGUUCCAUGGGAAACGCCAGACCCUCUGAGAAGAUGAAAAGUUUCUCCAGGAUUCCCUGAACCCGUUUGUUCAGACCAGAACUGUGUCAUGUUGACACCGAGUGCUGCAUUAGACAGCAGACAGAUAUGAUACUUUAUUUUUAAAUAAAUCUAGUUAAUGUGUUUCUGCUCCUCUGGAGUUGAUAUUUACACUUUCUAAACCUUUUAGGAGUUUUUCAGCACUUCCAGCUUCAAUUCAGACUUUCUUGAACUUUGUAGAUAAAAUUUCCUCACAUUUAAAAGCAAAUUGUGUUGACUUUACAGCUUCAGGAUCACUUAUACAAGUGAGGAUUUAUCUGUCCCAGUUUGAAAAUGAAAUGAGAAAAAACAACUGGAAACAGAAACAAGAUUUU